UCCCUUCCUUUCUUUUCUUUUCCCUUUUGCUUCUCUGAAACCCCCACCCCCCUUCCCCUCCAAUCCACCCUAGCUCAGAACACAAAGCAAAAGAGAUGAAGAAAAAGUGAAAGAACAAAAAAAAAAAAAAAGUUUUCCCAACAAACUCAGAACGAAAAAGGAGAUCACAUACACCCUCUCUCUCUCUACUCAAACAUCUCUUCAUCAUCAGUCCCCUUUGCAUAGCCAUGAUUAAGAUCUAGCUACAUACGUAUCUUAUUUUCUCCUUUUUCUUUGCUUUCUCUUCUUUUCAUACAAAAACUUUGGGGUUCCAAGUGAAAGAAAGAAAGACAAGGGAAAGAUUUUUGCUUUCGUCGUUCCAGAUCAGGCUUUCGAAAAAAAAAAAAAAAAAGAUCUUAUACGGGGUACUCUUCUUCUAAUGAUCUCCUCGUAAUAAAAGCUGUGCUCUUCUUCUCCCUUCUCGAACCUAUACAAACCCUCUCCAAUAACCAAUAAUAAUAUUCCAUUAUUCCCUUCUUCUUGACUUGAAUCCUUUUCAGGUUUUCAGCUAUAUUCUAUUUGUUUCUUCUUCUCUUUUUUUGUUUUUUUCUCUCUCUCUCUCUCUCUCUCUCAUCUUUAAUUUUGCAAAAUAUAGAGAGCCAUGGAUUCUGGUAACAGUGGAAGCAUGUCUUCAAGUGGAGAUGAAGAGUACGACUCUAGAAACGAAUCAAUCCCAUCUUUUUUAAAUCCUUCUUCUUCUUCUUCAAUUUCAACCCACCACUUUGCCUCUUCCGCUCAAUCAAACCCUUCACACCUUCUUUCCCAUCAUCUCUUCGAUCUCUCUCCACCUUCCAAUUAUCUCCAACCGAACUCAAACCCCAGUAAUUUCCUUCUCAACCUAAGAUCUGACGGCCUAAGAUCUGAUCAUCACCAUCAUCAACAACAACCCUAUCAGCUGGGCCCACCAACAUCUUCAUCUUACGCUGCAGGUCCAUCGGCGAUUCACUUACAACAACAACAACAACCUUCAUCAUCACUUCACAACGAAGCUAAUACUACUACUACUGGUGCAUUGAGAUCAGGCAAUACUUCUACUGCUGCUGCGACUACUUCAUCAGCUCAGACGACAGUCGUUCGGAACUCCAAGAAGCGGGCCAGAGCUUCGAGAAGAGCACCGACGACGGUUCUGACAACCGACACGUCGAAUUUCCGGGCAAUGGUGCAAGAAUUCACCGGGAUCCCCGCGCCUCCUUUUUCGGCCUCGUCGUUCUCUCGGCGCCUCGAUCUCUUCGGUGGCUCCGGUUCGGCUAUCCGGACCGGUGGCGCCUCUCAUUUGGAAGGACCUUUCUACCCUUUCCGUCCCUCGGCGCAGAAGCCGCAAACAUCGCCGUUUGGUAACAUUGCUUCAUCUUCUUCCUCUUCUCCGUUAUUCAGCAAUGUAAUGGUGGACGCUACUAAUAUCGCCACGUCAUCGUUGAACUUCCAACCAUCGCCGUCCGAUCAUCAUCAUCAUCAUCAUCUGAUCAGCAGACAGCCUAGAAAUAUGCUAAACAUGCAGAACCCGGGUGUUAACAAUGUGGCGUUUCAGUCUCUUCCGCUACACCCUAAUUCCCUCAACAUGACCGGGUUUGGAGCCAAGCGGGGGCAAGGAAAUAAUUUAACCGUGUCAACUACUACUUCAGCCCUUGAUAAUCAGGAGGUGAACGCUAGCUACCAUCGCGGUGGGAUUAACUCGAACCUGCAAGUAGCGUCUGAUGGGACAGUAGUACCCUUGACUCGCCAGGAUCUCUGGCGAAUCGACGGUGCGGGUUCCGGAGACAGCUGUAAACUGAAUUACGCGGCGGCAGCGGCGGCGAAUCCAUCGGAGUUUCAGGCUGAGAAGGGCUUGGAGAUCAAUGUCUCCACGAGGAAUGAAGGUCCUUAUCGAAAUGAACAUAUGUAG